CGUUAGAUAUAUUUUGGAAAGGCAGUUGGCUAAUCUGAAUUUCCAAACAUUGCUGCUGAAACGUUCGUAAAUUUUUUUUACCAAACAUAAACAAUCUUUUGAAAGUAGUUGUGUUAGUUUAACAGAAUUGUUUCCGAUAAAUUUCUGAAAUGAAUUAAAUGUUAACACGCGAUUAUUUGAAGACUUUAAAUAUUUUGUGUAAGAAAAUCUCACCAUAAAAUGUGGAAAUUUUGAGAUGCUAAAACAUGCACAUAAUUUUCUUACUCAAGAACCGAAAAUUUAUUUUCUCUUUACGGUUGUGAAGAACUGCAAGACUGGAUGGAUUUAUUCUUUUCACCAGACACCAUGAAGGAGCUGUCGGAGAAACACUCCUUGCCGCUGACGCUGACGAGCACGGCCACGCGCGGACUGCACCUGCAGCUGUCCGUCCCCAACAAGAAGCUGCUGAAGGACUUUGUUCUUCCUGCUGAGUUCAUACAGGUUCAGAAGAUCCGGAGUGGGUUCAGCUUCACCACCUACGAACUGCAGCAUGCCAGUGAUCGCUGCCAGGAGGUUCUCAGGGAGAUACACAGCAUCAGCAACGUAGUGGUGUUCCGGCUCCUGGCGGACAUCCGAACUCACAUUGGCUGCCUGUACAAGCUGUGCGAGAACAUCGUCCUGACAGACGUGCUCCUCUCGCUGGCUCACAUCAGCUGCAUCAGCAACUACGUUCGCCCCAGGUUCGCCAACCUGCUCGACCUCAAGCGGUGUCGCCACCCCAUGCUCGACUUCAUCUGCCGCACCGAGCCCGUUGCAAACGAUGUGUCCGCAUCCAGCAGUUACAAUUUUCAUUUUAUAACUGGCCCCAACAUGAGUGGGAAAAGUAUCUACAUUCGGCAGAUCGCCCUAUUGCAGAUCAUGGCACAGGUUGGUUGCUUCGUUCCUGCAGAAAGUGCAACUUUUCGCAUUGCAGAUCGUAUAUUUUCCAGAAUAGGAUUUGAUGACAGCAUUGAAACAAAUGCAUCAACAUUUGUGUUGGAAAUGAAGGAGAUGAUGUACAUCAAGCAAGCCCUAACACCGUCGUCGCUGGUGAUCGUGGACGAGCCGUGUCGGGGCACGUCUCGCGAGGAAGGCACGGCCAUCGCCUGGGCCGUGUUCGAGGAGAUGAUGUGCGUGCCUGCCUUCUUCUUCGUCACCACCCACUUCCUGUUCCUCACCAAGCUGGCCGACUUCUACCCCAGCGUCACCAACCACUACCUGGAGGUGGAGGAAGACGUUACUGCCCAGGGACGCAGCAGGCUGGUGUACACGCACCGCCUGCUGUCCGGCAUGACGAGGGUGCAGCACUACGGCCUGCGGCUGGCCGAGUCCGUGUGCGUGCCCCGGUCCGUGGUGCAGGAGGCGGUGCGGCUGGCGCACGAGCUGGACCGGCACGCCAGGCCCGAGCCCGCGACCGUGGCCACGCACGAGGACGCCCGGGCCCUGUACCGCCUGGCGGCCCGCAUGCAGCUCCUGCGGGAGGGCAGCGGGCUGCUGACCUCGGAGAUGUGCCGGGAGCUGAGGGAGGGCUUCGACCCCGGCGACCCCGGCGACCCCGGCCUGGAGCCGCAGCUCUCCUGCCCCGAGCGCUCCGGCGCCGCCGCCGCCGAGGUGCCGGGGCGACCGCGCACCGUGUGACUCUGCUUUUGGUUGGCAGAACAAGGUAGGUAUUCUGUUGUAGUGUGUUUAGCUGUGAAAAUGAUAUAGCCUACAUAGUUUUUUUUCUUCAUGUUUGUAUCUUAUUUCUUGUUUUCAUGUCCUUUAUCUGUGUACAUAAAUAAAUUAUCUUUACUAAAAAAAUUUUUCAUUUAUUUGCUUGACAAAAACAACUAUGUACGUCAUUCCUCAUCAUAUUCUUUCACUACCCUCAUGCUUUUUGACUGCAUAGAUUCAAUCUGAGGCCUGAUUGUCACGAGUGUGGCUUCGCUGGGAGCCACUCUCGUCCACCGCCAUGCUCCGCCGUGCCAGCUCGCAUGUGCCCGCCAACCGGGAAUCAAAAAUAUACACUUUCAUGUCUGUUGUUUAGCUUAGUGAAGGUUGGCAGCCUUGCAGGUCAAGAUUGGUUCUUUGACCAUCACUGACAUAUCGACGAUGCUUGCUUCUCCGGUACGACGGCAUUCAAUGUAUUUUUAUAUUUAUAUAUAUAUAUAUAUAUAUAUAAUAUUAUGCGUUAGGUACCUAUUGGUUUUGCGAGAAAUGUAAGUUUUAUAAACUAUUAUUUGCUCUGUAAUAUAACGAAAUCAUUCAACAUGCCAAAGUCAGUUGUGAUUACUAAACAGUAUAUAUAGUAUAUGAUACACUUACUAAAUGUUUUUAAAAAAAAACUGCAUUUUUUAACAUGAAUAUAUUAUUUAGCACUGAGCAGAACUUAGCUCUAUCCUGCGGCUCUAUCCGGCCGCCCGGGACUUAGUGCUUGGGAAAACAACAGCCUAAGUCAUUCUACACAAAAACAGCAUUUACCAACCAAGUUUUAAUAUUUUUACGAGAGAAUGAGCAGUCAUAACGUUAGAGCAGUUUCAAAGUGACCUACAUACAUCUGUUUUCUAUAAACAAAAAUUAAAUUUACUGUGUGAACCAAUGUACAGGUUGUCCCAGGGCCUCUGAAAGCCACCAAAGAGUUUAAAUUGCUUAUUUCACAAACAUGAUUUUUUUUCGAGGCCUUUGGCCAAUGGGAACGAUAGAGCUGAUACAAAGAGACCUUCCUAAAGGUAUAGGCUUUUAAUUAAUAAUUCAAUUACCGAGCAAACUAACGUAGAAAUUGUCCCAGGGCCUCUGAGAGACACCAAAGUGUUGUUUUUAUUGUGUUGUUCACAAACAUGAUUUUUUUUUCAGGGCCUUUGUCCAAUGGUAACAAUAGAGCUUAUACAUAGGGACCUUCCUUAAGUUAUAGGCUUUCAAUUAGUAAUUUAAUUACCAGGAAAACUAUCGUAGAAAAAGUUCCAGGGAUUCUGAAAGCCCCUAAAGUGUGGUUUUUAUGGAGUAUUUCACAAACAUGAUCUUUUUUUUAGCCUUUGGCCAAUGGUAACGAUAGAGCUGAUACAUAGGGACCUUCCUUAAGAUAUAGGCUUUCAAUUAAUAAUUUAAUUACCACGCAAACUAUCGACGUUCUCAGGGUAUCUGAAAGCCCCCAAAGAGUGGUUUUAAUGGAGUAUUUCACAAAUAUGAUUUUUUUUUGGAGCCUUAGGCGAAAGGUAACAAUAAAGUUGAUGCAUAGGGACCUUCAUGAAAGUAAAGGAUUUCAAUUAAUAAUUUAAUUACCGUGCAAACUAUCGUAAAAGUUCUCAGGGCCUCUAAAAGCCCCCAGGGUAUUGUUUUUAUAGCGUAUUUCACAAACAUGAUUUUUUUUUUUGGAUCCUUUGGUCAAUGGUAACGAUAGAGCUGAUACAUAGGGACCAUCUGAAAAGUAAAGGAUUUCAAUUAAUAAUUUAAUAACCCUGCAAACUAUCGUAAGGCUUGUCCCAUGGCCUCUGAAAGCCACCAAAGUGUUGUUU